ACGGACCUAAGUGAUCGAAAAGAACCGGAAAACAAACUACAAAAUCAUCACCCAACAGACCUCAAGACGAAAUCUCAACUAUUUUCAUAAUCCAAACUAUACCGGGCACCGAUAUGGGCCGGAAUCGAUGUUUACAGCAUGGCAUCACAGAAACUUUCAAGUAUCGUUAUAUCGACUAGUCCCUAGCCAUGUUUUUAUGUUUCACCGGAAGGUUCUGGAGUAUUAUGCUGUGUGUCAGUUCUGAGAGCAUAUGAAAUAUUGUAGGGCUCAUAGGAUUAUAUAAAUUAUAGAAUGACAUCGCACCAAGGAAGUGUACGGUUGGCCCAAGGGGCGGUCGUAUGUCUCGAAACAAAACUAGUAGGAAACAUUUCAAUUGGCCCGAGGUCCGUGAUCCACCCGAAGGCAUCCAUCAUCGCAGAAGGUGGCCCGGUCAUCAUGGGAGAGAACAACAUAGUCGAGGAGCAAUGCAUCAUUGAGCACAAGCCCAAGGAAAACGACAGGCCGAACACCUUAAUGAUAGGUUCUCAUAAUAUAUUUGAAGUAGGCUGUAAUAUAAAGGCGAAAGUAAUCGGUGAUAACAACGUAUUCGAAGCUAAAUGUUACGUUGGGCCGGACAUCGAAGUCGGCAACGGAUGCAUAAUUGGAGCCGGAGUCAGACUUGUCUAUAAGGAAAAAUUGCCCGAUAACGUAAUCAUUACUGGAAGUCAGUACAACAGGACCAUCGCGGGCGAUAGGCCUCCGCCACAGACCCUCCAGCUUGAUUUUCUUACCAAAGUUCUUCCGAACUACCAUCACCUGCGUAGGUUGAAGGAUCAACGACCAAAUGUUUUAUGAUUAAAGCCUUUAUUAAAUUAAACUCGAUCCAGCUUUUUUUUUUCAUUUUUUUAUAAGACUGGAAUAUGCUGGAUAGUGCAUCAGCUCAGUAAUAAUAGCUGUGGAGAUGCAAAAAAAAUGUGAUGUAGGAAUAUCAAAUUUUUAAAAAGUUAAUGUCAUAAUUAAUAUUAAAAUAUUGCACGAAGUGUUGGGUGUUGGUGUGAUAUUUACUAAAGAUUCACAAAUUUCAUAUUUUGUAAAUUGUAUUUUACAUAUGUAACAAAAAUGAGGGAAUGGGAAACCAUUUAAAUUUUGAAUCUCUUUGAUGGGAGUACAGCUUUUAUGAUUCAGGCUUAUGUAAUGUAAAUAUAAUGAAUUACAACAGAUUUGUACAUGCUUAAAAAAUAAAUAA